CCUUUUUCUUCCGAAACAUCAUUUCCUCCAUGACCAACCACACAACUCUGCUCCAGAUUCAUCAUCAAACAGAGACGCACAGCAAGCAGCACAAGUUGUCUGAAGAAAGAGGUCUCAUUUUUACAAGGAGGGCGCAACACCAGCCAGACAAACUUUUGUUGUCUUGCAGAACAGAAGCGGAAUAAACGAGAGCGGAGCUCCGACCGGAAAGUUUGCGCUGGAGCUGCUGUGCUGAAGUUGUGAGGCUGUGGAUUCUCUCUGCGGAGUUUGCUCUCCUGUUCCUGUCGUCUGACAGGUUGCUGGUCGUGAAGUCACUUCGGAGGACAUUUUACCAGCCUGAAGCAAACCAGGGAGCCCACUGCCUCCAUUUCUGACCACAUCUGAGCAGACUUUACCUGUCCUCAGCCUGAAGUGCAGACAGUCUCUCUUCCUACUUCUCGCCCUCUUGGAAAGAAUUCAAGAAGUGCAACAUGGCAAGAGGCUGCCUCUGCUGCUUGAAGUAUAUGAUGUUCACCUUCAAUCUCAUCUUCUGGUUAUGUGGCUGUGGGCUGCUCGGCGUGGGCAUCUGGCUCUCGGUGUCUCAGGGCAGCUUCGCCACCUUCUCGCCCUCAUUCCCCUCAUUGUCAGCUGCCAACAUGGUCAUCGCCAUUGGCGCCAUCGUCAUGGUAACGGGCUUCCUCGGUUGCCUGGGUGCCAUCAAGGAGAAUAAGUGCCUGCUCCUAAGCUUCUUCAUUGUCCUGCUGAUAAUUCUCCUGGCAGAGCUGAUACUUCUCAUCCUGUUCUUUGUGUACUCAGAUAAGGUGAGUGAGAAUGCAAAGCAGGAUCUGAAGGACGGCCUCGCUCUCUACAACUCAGAGAACAACAUCGGCCUGCGAAACGCCUGGAACAUCAUCCAGGCAGAGUGGAAGUGCUGCGGUGUGAUAGCAUACACCGACUGGCACGAGGCCCUGAAGGAGACGGUGGUUCCUGACCGCUGCUGCCAGGAGCAUUACCAGAACUGUGGGAGAAACUCCACCAACAUGUUCUGGAACAGGGGCUGCUUUGAGAAAGUGGAAGAAUGGCUGGAUGACAACAAGCACCUUCUUGGAACCAUCGGCAUGGUCAUCUUGGUAGUGCAGCUCCUGGGCAUGGCGUUCUCCAUGACGCUGUUCCAUCACAUCCACAGAACGGGGAAGAAGUAUGACGCUUAGCCCCGGGAGAGGAUGCCCGAUGGAGAGGAGCCCCACUGCCUGAUGGGAUAAGACUCUGAAUGAAACAUCCCUGCCCCCCUACUCACUUUACAAUCUCUUUAGAGUCCCCUCUCUUUCCCCCAGACCUUCUGUACAGAUCCAGCUGUGUCCCUGCUCUCUGUUCUGCUCUCACCCUUCAUUUUGCCAAAGAGUUACACAACUGGAAGAGAAGGGACACUGACUUUUUGGCAAAGAAGAGAAUCUCAUUGGUUGUCACUCCUCUUGAGUACAUUUCUAUAUUUUUUUGCUUGGACUAACAAUUUGCCGGAAUGGAAGAAGAGACUUUGGGAAGACUUUACUAAUGCCCGUGCACAUACUCUGAGGCAAAGAGAACAUGAAACUGAUGAGAGCCUCCCGCUCUUUUGGGUUUUUCUUUCCUCUUGUUUAUCAAAGUCAAGCCCCCUUUUCACCUGUAAAUGAAAGUUCCAACAUGGCAUGCUAGUUUUCUACCUUACUGAUUUACCUUUGUCGUCGACAUGUCAAACGUCUUUAUUUGUCUUGUUUAUUUUGUAAGUGUGUCAUGGAUGCUCCUGUGGAAUGUAAGUGUUGGACAGAUCAGUGCAAUGGAGGGCUGAGAUAAGCGGAGAUGUGAAGAUGCUGCGGAGGGAGACAGACACAUCACAGAGGUGUUUAACACCUGUGAUUCAUGGUUUUUUAUUUGGCUGCAAAGAUUUGGAGACAGUGAGCAUGAUGGAGGCAAACGUGAGAAAUCUGAAGUGCAUUUUUAUAUCCAAUUCUGCCAUUCCCCCUGCAUAAUAAAUUGCAAUGCACAUAUACUGACAUGGUGAGAUCUGCAACACAGCAGCCGUGUUUCCAUCCCCUGUGAGACAAUACAAAUGUUACAAAAUGGUUGUUUAUUAGGACUCCACCAGGACUGUCAAGUAAAGAGAUGUGGGUGAUGAAGUUUCCCCUUCGAGAAUACACACUGAAUUGUGUGAGCCGUGUGUGUGCAUCUUUGUGGGUGUGUUUUAUUGCGCUGUCCAUGCUGCAGAGGAAAGAAAAAAUACAGCGUAUAGAAACACAAAGAAUCAAGGGCAGAGGGGGCAAAAACAGAGCAGACAUCUUGUCUCCCGGUUGCCAUCAGUUGUGUUAGCGGAGGCGGCUGGAGACUUUCUCUUCUGUAUUCUUGAGAUCUCAUCCGCUUGCUCUGCCCUCCUCAUUCUUCUCCUCUCAGGCUGUCAACUCCCCCAGCUUCUUCACCCCAAUUUUCUCUCCAAACGUCUGAAAGCUAAGAGCUUUAUAUGCUCCAUACGUACACACAGCUCCUCUGCAGACAUUCGAGUACAUCACACAGCUACACCUCAGGUUUGCAACUUCACUGGUGUUAUGUCUGCUGCCUCCACGGAGGAGGAGGAGGAGGGGAUGGUACGAGUGAGGGACGAUCAAAGCUGAGACAGAUAGGUACGGCAACAUGCCCUGAAGGACGCGUCUGUUUACAGGAGAGCACAGAGCACCAGAAUGUCUCCUCAAGACAGAAAAUACCCCACAUCUGCAGUGGCGACUUAAAGGAGAUACCCUCCAGUGUGUCUGCUCUGUAUUCAACAUCUCUGACAGUGUGUAGGAGACCAGCUGAUUGUUCAGGGAUUGUUCCAGCCCAGGCCAAUACUUGAUUACAAUUGGUUUGGACAUUUUACUCACCAAAGUAAAUACUGAAGUCGGACAACAUGGCGAUUAGACAGGUUGUAAACAAGCUGACAGUUUAACCUACUUAGGAGCCUCUUCAUUCAGAAAGCAAGAAAUGAGUGCUCUCCAGGUGUCGGUAAUAAUCCCUUGUUGCCAAACAAAGCUGUGUCUUCACAUCUACAGCAGAUACAACAGAGACCUGUACUACCAAGAAGGAUUUGUGGUCAGUGAGCUAACGUCAGGGGUAACUCCGGGUUUCCUGUGCUACAGAGGUGGACCUUCAUUUUCUGUAUGCCUAACACCUUUACCACUCUGGAGCAGGCUGGAGCAGGCUACGUUUAAGACGAGAAAUCAGGGAGCAAAGAGAUCAGGGAAGAGAGACUUGAAUUUGUAUUUCCAAAGACCAUAAAUGAAAUCCUCCUGGGAUGAUGUCAUCCUGCAGCAGACAGCCUUAGUUUAUGUAUUUAUAAGGUAUUAAAGUAGGCAGACUAACUGCUUUGAAUUACGUGUCCAUAUUCAUUUUUAUUAGUUCCACAGCACUCUGAUAACGUCUGGGCUGCAGCUGAAAUAUUACGUCUAAUCUGUCAUACAAUGCUGCAAGAGUACAUCUGAGCGAUGAAUUAAACUGACUGAACAGGUUUUAUUAGUGUCACAUCUAUCAUGCAUUAAUGAGUUAUAAGAGUUAUUAUGAACUCUAAUUUGUGCAACACACUCUUCAUGCAAAUUUAUCUCGCUGCAGUUGUCAGCCGCAGCCAUGUUGCUUUUUAUAGUCUGGAUGAUGUGCUUAACAGAUUUUAAAUCAUACAAUGAUCUGCUGAGUUCAGACUUGUUCAUGUCUGUGAUUGGUCAUAAGCUGCAAAAAUAUCCUCUUUUAUGUGACACAUCAUCAUAGAAACUGAAGUUAAUGACCAUACUAAAGUAGUGUGAUCUCAUAUGUCAGAGUAAGUCGAGAUACUCGUGGUGUAUUCGUAGUACAGGCCUCAGGUGAGCGCUGGACCAGAGAGUCACUCUUUAAACUGUGUCAGAUGAUUCAUUCAGACAGUUUUAUGACAUGUCAGCUUUGUUUUCUCUUCUAAAAACAUUCGGCUAAUCUGAGGUGUUGUUUAAAACCCACACAACUGUCUGACUGCUCGAUCGUCAGGCUUACAAUCAGACUCAAUUGGGCAUGUUGCUUCAUUUUAAUGAUUAUAAUGACAUCGUGUUCGCUGUUUUCUGCAGAGGAGGGGUGUUCAUUCUGCUUUCAGUCAGCCACGACUUAUCUACCUGAUGUAACAAUGUCCUUUUCAGCGCGAUUGUCGAGAAGGCGUUGGCGUCAGUCAAAGAAAAUUGCUGAUACAAAAGCCCUGCGUACCCACACAGGUGUUUUCAAUUACUCUGCUUGAUUAGAUCCAUUUAUUGAGGGAAUUUAGUCAUGGCUGUGUGUGGUGCAUAAAUUAAACUGAGAAUUCAGAUUCUGGAAAUUGGGGACACUAAAAAUAAUGUACUGUAGAGCAAAGGGGAGUGAUUAGAGACGGCCUAUUUCUCUCUCCACAACAGGAAGGCGUCUUUCUCCCUGAUUGGCUUAGUUGUUUCUCCAACAACCAACAAGAGAAACUGCCAGGGAGAAUGAAAGCAGAUAUUUAAUUUGGUAAGCCAAUCUGAGAUGUGAGCAGCAUCUCAAGCCGCUUGAAACUAUACCAGACAUCGUUAAAGAAAAGCAGCCACACUUCCAAAAUUCAGUGAAGAACUUUUAAAGUUAUAGGGGGGGCAUUUUUGGGGAGUAGAGAGGGCUUGGAGUCAAACCAGUGACAACUGCGAUGAGGAGUUUAUCCUCUGUAAAUGGGGCGUGCAGUGUAGAACUUUCAGCACAAUUUGUGAAUUAUGGGUAAAAGUAGAAGAAUAAAGCAGGUUGUACUGAAGCGGAAGAGAUCAUUUGUUUGCUACUAUUGUAAGCAGAGCAGAGAAACCGUCAGGAGGAGACCAGGCUGUGUUAUACAUUGUAUCUGAAGGAAUCAUUGACAGCAGAGUUUGUUUCUUUGGAUAAACCUUUGGAGCUCAGUCACUGUGAUAUCAAAUGACACAACAAGAGGACAAAAAUGACCCGACAAAAGUCACCUCUUUGACAUUUUAGCAGUCUGGCAGCCUGUGUGCCUCGGAGGAUCUCCUGAAGUCAUUCCUGACUGUAUUCUUUCCAUAAUGAGAUAAUCUCAGAGUCACAGAUUUAGGAAGAGGGGGCAUCAUGCAUCAGAAAGCAUCUGAUUUGGUCCGUUAUGUGCAGCGACCCUGCUAGCUGUGAUUCACCGCCUGCCCCCAUAUGCUCAAGCUCCUCUUGCUGUGUCCACGGGGGGAACAUGACAGCUGCUGAUGUACAGCGUAGGCACGAGUGGUCACAUCUCCCCUGCUCGGCUGCCUCCACAAACUCUCUACACAUCCCUUAUUUACUGCCUCGCUCAGUCUGCAGACACCCGGCACUACAUUUACAGUAGCUGGCAGCACUGACACUGAAGAAAUACAGCUGUGCUCUUUAGAUGCCUUAAAGCAGCUGUGAGGUAUGUUCUGCACCUCAGGAGGGGCUACAGCAGAAAUAUAUAUGACAAUAGCGUAAAUCAGACUGCAUCGUUACUUACUGAGGCCCCACGAGCAGCCGAAACCCAAACAAAUAUUUUGUUGCGUUGCUUUGUGUUGCAUGGAGUGGGAGAGUGUUUGAACAGGGCUGUCACAGAAAAUAAAGCGAAGGGAGAAAAUUGUAAAAAUAAAACAAAAGCAUCGUCUGUCUCCAAAUCUGACGUCAUACAUCAGAGAGCCAGCCUGCACAAUGCGUGACUCUUUGCCCCCCGACUGAUCUGCCUGCGCUGACACUCUGAAAUGUUCUGCUCCGAGUGAACUCUCUUUCAGCUCUGCCACUGUCACCUCGCUUUCACGGUUAAGUCAGAGAGAGAUGCUCCUUCAUGUUUUUAGAAAGCAGGGAUGAAUGCCAUUUUAACAAAAGUUGUUUUAAUGAUGUUAUUUUUGUACAUUUGUUGUUGCCGUUUGUUUUUAUACGAUAUACUGUUGUUGUUGUUUUUUUCUCGUAGGCUGUUUUAUUUUUCAGAGGCUCUUUGGAACUCAUUGUAAGAACAUGACAUUAUUAAACAUUUGUUUCCUAGGGGAUUCGUCUUUGCAAUGUUCCUCUACAAGGUGCAUAAACGCCUUUCUGUCUUAACAUUGCUACAGGCCGUUAAACCAAUUAAGUCAGAAGUAAAAGAGCGGAAAUUUGACGUAGAAGCUGUAGCAUCAGUGAAGCCCUCGUAAGACAAACUGCACGCUUGUCGUAGUGCUUCUCUGUAUUAGGACCUAGUUGAAUUAAAUGAGGGCGUGCUGGUUUAAUCUGCAGUAUUUCUUUUCUAACUGCCACUUUUGGAGGCUCUUUUUGUAUCUGCAGAGCAUGGUGGCAUAUUACCACGCUGCUCACACGUCACUACAGCGUUCUCAGCCAAGCCCUGGAUGUAAAUAUGCUCAUUUUACAGCUGUUAAUUUUUUCUUAUAUUUCAUAUCCACAUUUAUGUUGACAGCUCGAUUGCCAUUUUCUAAUUCUGCAUCGCCUCACAGUCCAAACUCUCUCACAGACGUAUCAUCCACACAGUUUUAUCAGUCUUCACAGGUUUUCUGCCUCUGGUUUUUUUUUUCGUUUACAGAACAGGAGAAAUGUAAAUUUGAUGUAAAUUUGUGUUUUGUCAGUAUGGUUUAUAUUUUAUUUGUCCACAUUUGCAUCCUGUAGUGAGACACGUUGUUCCUUGUGUUUAUUUUUUUAUUAUUUUUAUUUGGAAGGAGUAUAAAGUCUCCCCACUCGUCCAUGGAAGCUCUCCCAGUAAAGCACAGAAAGGCAAGAUAUUAAGUUUUCUCUGCUGUGAAGAAUUUGAGACAUAAUUUUGGUCCCUCUCUUUUUUUUGCCACCUUCAACAUAUUAUUUCUGUAAUCUCCUAAUCCCUCCCCUGUGCUAAAGCUGAAUAUCUGAGCAGUGGAAAUGUAUGCUCUUCAAAUGGUGUGUUUGAUGUUGUGUUCUGCUGGAUGGCAAUGUCUGAUACCUGCCAGCCUUGUCCUGUGGAGUUUUUCUGCUACAUGUGAAAGCACUCUGAAUAUCUAUACUAGGUGGUGCACUACCUUCUCUUUAUUCUCGAAAUCAACUAUUUUUUAAAUAAAGGAAAGAGUGUCACAAAAAUCCCACGACACCGUACGCUCAUUGCCUUUCAUGUUUAAUGACUCAAUGCUCCUGAUGUAUUCCCUUUUUAUGUUGCUGUCAUUUGUAUUGGCAGCUUUUAAACAGUGUUUGAUGCUGAAUUUGGGGGGCUGGAAGGCAGGACUUGGCUUGAACAUGAAGAAGAGCAGUGUCACAGCAGAUCCCAUGGCGUAUUGUGUGAAUGAAAGUGGCACUGCUGCCUUAAAAUGGCCUGUGUUAUUUAAAAAGAAAAUAUUAAAACCUGAGGGAGCGCUGUCCUAAAGACGCGAAGAUGAGCUAAUGGUAGUCAGAAAGCAAAGCUGAGGGGUUUUUUUUAAAGAACAAAAGGAAACUGAUGAAAGUGGAAACAAAUGCCAAUUUGUCUGGUGGCUCAGCAGCAUGGAGUGAGCAGCAGAGUCUUUUCCUAUAGUGUUUUAUCCCUUUUUAAACCUAAUUGUUUUGAGGCUCUUGUGUGAUAGUGAGUGGAGUUAUUGUGCCAUUCCAUCCUGGCUUUUUGUUCUGCAUCACUGUUCCUUCUAUGCAAAAAAUGACCUAUUUUAGCCUUUGUAAAGACUAUUUUGUAUAAGUACCAUGUCCUGAAAUAAAAUGAACACAAACAAGGA